AUGACAAUUCAAGCUUUGGAUCAGAAGCAGCUUAGAGAACAGGCUAUCGCGGAAGCCUUGGCUAAGGAGGAGGAAGCGAAAGCCAAAGAAAAAGUUAUCAGGGAGACAAGAGAUAGAAUGAAAAAUCUCAUUUCAGACAUCAAUAGUAGACCUUCUGUGGCGGUCCUUAAGGAGUCAGAGUUUCUUGAAAAAAAUAUCAAUGAAGCUGACAAGCUUAAACAACUUGAUGAAGAAAUCGAGUCAUUACUCAAACAAAGUAUCAAACUUCCCGCUUUCAAGGUCGCUAACAGACCUUGGUUUGUUAAGCCGUCGAUUGAUCAGAAUGAUGAGUUUCCAGAUGGAUCCAGUACUAAAAAAAUUCAGCUGACUACUAACUCACAAACAAGUACCUACCCAAAUUUGAAACCAACCCCUGACUAUAGACCAUAUUCUGAACCUGAGCUUCAUCUUAGGCAUCUCUUUCAUGCUCAGAAUAGUGGCAAGCUUGGCUCAUUCUUGUAUGACACUUACAGCGCAAAGGAUGAUACCAUUGAUCCACCUGCAAUAUCGGAUAUUAGUAUAAACCAUCUUCUAAGUGCUGGAUGUCAUCUUGGUCAUGCAAAGUCGCAAUGGAGACCCUCCACACAGCCUUACAUUUACGGGGAAUACAGGGGAAUGCAUCUCAUUGACCUAAACGAGACAUUAGCAGCUCUUAAACGCUCAGCACAAUUGAUGAAGGAUGUGGCGAAAAAGGGAGGAGUUAUACUUUUUGUCGGUACAAGUAGACAAGCUGAACAACAACGUGCAUUGGAAGAAGCUGCCCGGAGAUGCAACGGUUACUAUGUAUCACGGAAGUGGUUGCCCGGAACGAUUACCAAUGCACUAGAGCUCAUCAAGCAGAAUAAAGGAAAGAACUUGGUCGAAGUUGAUAUGGGUGAUCAACAUACUAAUAGCGACAUGGGGCAGUUUGGUUUUGUUAAGCCAGAUCUUGUAUUUAUUGUGAAUCCCAUCGAGAAUCGUCACCUCAUAAACGAGUGUACCAUUGCUCGAAUUCCUACAGUUGGACUCUCUGAUACGAACAUGGAACCAUCACUUUUAUCCUACCCAAUUCCUUGCAAUGAUGACUCCGUUAGAGCCACUUCACUUAUCUUAGGAGUUUUAUCCAAAGCUGCGGAGGAUGGAGUGCUCGCAAGAAGAUUGCAAUUCCAGCAGGCAUGUGCUUGA